AUGGGCGGCAUCACCAUCGAGGCCGAGUUGCAGCAUGGCAUCAACUUCUCCCAGCCCAGCUUCUUCGACCUGCGAACACACAGGCCCAACAAGACCAUCGACAUUGGCAGAGACGGACUGUCGCUGUCGCUGGAUGCAAAAGGCCGGCGCAUGCUCCAAUGGAUCCAAAAUGAUCGCCCAGGCUUUGGUCUAGACUUUGGCGUGCCCGGCCAUCUAGUCUCGAUCAAGAUUAUCGAGACCAACGUCGCAUUGUACCACAUGAAACUUGUCAACCACGUCGAUGUGUCGCUCACGGCCCAUAUUUCCGCACAGGGCAGCUUCGUGCAGGAUGCAAGAGCCACAAACACAAGCUCCGGAUGUGUUCUCCUGCCGUAUGCCCUGGGCGUCAACGUGAGUCUCAAUCGGGCUAGCUACGGUCAAUUGACCGAAGGCGGACCCAUUGCACUACCUCCCGGUUGCAAUAUCCUCCGAAAGAGCGGCCCGAACACUCUGCGCGUCUACAACCCAAAUCUGGGCGCACAGCUCUCGACCAGCCUGGAUAUCAAUGGCCAGCCUUUGGUCAUAGACAGCGUCGAAGAUCAAGAUGCAUCUGAGGCCGUGCUCGACGUCUUUGUGAAAGGCAAAGUAUGCAUACUGCCUGGAGAAACAGCGACGUUUUGUGCGACGUUUCGAUUGAUACCAGAUGCCAAGGAGCACACAGAUGUCUUUCAAUCUGGUAUGGCGAUAUCAAAGGCCAUGCUCCCCAAUGCGAAAUCUCGCUGGAAACGCGAUGAAAUCUUGACCACAUAUGUACUCAGGAGAAACUUCGAAUACAUACUCGCAAAUUGCGUCGUUCCUAUCUCCGAGUCGAGUACUGUCCGUCUUCUGCUCGAAACACACGCAAACAUCACCGAUCUCGUAUACUCCGAAUUCGUGCCUCAUUACAGGGGGAAUAUCGAAUCUGCCGUCCGAGGCCAUCUGAAAUGGGUAUUCAUCCACGCUAAGCGGCCACAUGGUUUCUGGCACAGAUCAUACCUCGCCAAUGGCCAGCCCAAAGACCGAUCCAUAUUCCAGCUCGACCAGCAGUGCUACCCUCUCUUGGAACUCUGUGACUACGCUGAGCACUUUCCAAGUCAAGUGGACUUCGUAAAGCGCAUCGUAGACGCAGGCGUCAUACAUGAGAUACUUGCGGUACUAGCGGCAAAGCAGGACAAGCAGACGAGGCUUUGGCCCACCGAUGAGACGCCCGGGGAUGAUGCAGUCCAAUACCCUCACCAUUUUUCAAGCCAUAUACUAAUGUGGAGAACAUUCACCCGACUCCACCAAAUGUUCCUCGACUUGGCAAUACCUCUGAACGAACAGAUAUCAAGACUGGAAGUCAUGGCUGCACAAUUGAAAAAUGACACCGUCAGAUCCUUUACUACCACACAUUCAAAUUGCAGCAGGCCGCUGUUUGCAUACCUGACGGAUGGCAAUGGUCAUCACGAAUGUUACCAUGACGGCAACGAUGUACCGACUGCAUUCGCGUACGACUGGGGCUUCGCUUCAUCAGCGAGCGAAAUAACCACAUGGAGAGCCACAAUGGACUUUGCUCUGUCACCAGCCAAUGCGAAAGGCUUCUGCGACGAAGGUCCGUAUGGUGGACUGGGCAGUGUACAUUCUCCCGGAGCCUGGACGCUAGGCUACUUCCAGGAGUUGGCUUACGCUGCAUCCAGCAAUAACGUAAUAGCCAUGCAGGGAGCCUGGACCAAGAUUGCUGCAGCCAUGCAAUGGGACGGCACCUUCCCGGAGGCCGUUGAUCCAAAGACUGCACAGUGUACCAGCAAGGCAUGGUUCAGUUGGCCUGGCGCAAUGAUCGGCGCAUUGUUGAUCCACAUGAAGAAGAACGGUCAGGAGGAAAUUCUGCUGCAGACAAGGGUCAAGGUGAAGCCGUGUUAA